GGAGUGUUUGAUGCUGUAAUAAAAGAAUUCAGAUAAUUAAUGUUUAAAAUUAAAUACAUCAAACGAAUAUUUGUUCUGUGCGGAACGUUUUCAUUGUACUCAGAACAUGUAGCUAGCGAAAUGAAGAAAGUGUCUAGUUAAAAGAAGUGUUUAUUUGCGUUUUAAUUUGGAAUAUUUGCGGGUACAACACUAAUGUUAAAUAACAUUUGAGUUUAGAAUGUACUUGUUGUAGUUACUACUUGCUGUUUAGUGUUUAUUUCGAAGAAUUGUUAUGGCCGUAAAACUGUACAAAUGUUUGUAAAUCAAGCAAGAAAAUGAUAACAUUUGGCUCCGCUAACACUUCGACAACAGUGGAGGACACAGGCGAAGUGAGAAGUAUCUGUGAGAGUGUUUGCAGUGAUGGGUCCAACGCGACCGUCCAACCUGGGGGCUCUAAUCAGAGGCCCCGAAUGGAUAUUGCUUGUGUACUGGAUGUAACCCAAACGUUGAACCUAGCUCACAGAAGAAGAGCUUUGGAAGAAGUACGACUGGCUUCGGAGCUGGUUAAUGCGAAUCUACACCACAUUCAUUUUGAAAAGUUGGACUUUGGUGAGACUAGCGUCUUGGACACAUUUUACAAUGCAGAUGUGGCGCUGGUGGAUCUCAGCGCGCAGGUGCAGCAAAGCUCAUUGCUGUACCAUCUCGGAGUGCGGGAGAGUUUUGACAUGAAGGAGAAUGUUCUACUCUACAAUGAUGUUGACCCUGAUGCUACAUUGAGACUUAAGAUAUCGCUGCCGAAUUUCCUGUUUGUAUCGUACAAGUUGACUGACGCAGGGACAUGUGUGACCACCAAUCCGGCAGCUACUAAAUUCAAGGGUGAAGAGACAGCGGAUCCUAAACAACAUCUUACGUUACGUCUCAAGAAUAUACUACAAGAUGUCGAAGUACAAACAAAAGCUCAUUUGCAAGAAAAGUUUCUAUCAGAUCUCCGUAAAGCCCGCGAGACAUACAGCGGUCAAGAAUUGGCUAACAUGUUGCACGCGAUGCGACGCCGCUUAGACGACCCGGCUGUACUCUCCGGCGACACUAUACUCAAUAUGCUGAUAUCGUACAGGGAGAUACAGGAUUAUGACGCGAUAGUACAAGUCGUGGAUGAUCUGAAAACCAUCAUGAAUAGAAAGAAUUACGUCAAUAUGCCGAUUAUUAGAUUUAUGUACGCGUUUGCGAUGAACAGAAGAAACAAGGAAGGUGAUCGAGAGAAUGCUUUAAAAGUGUGUGUUAAAGCGUUAGAGAAGAAAGAAAAUCGAUUUCCCGACAUGCUGUGUCUCUGCGGUCGUAUUUAUAAGGACAAAUUUGUAGAAUCUCAACAUACUGAUAUGGAAAGCUUGAAGAAUGCAAUCCAUUGGUAUAGACAGGGUUUUGAAGUGCAGCCAAAUGAAUAUGCGGGUAUAAACUUAGCGACGCUGUUAGUUAUUGCGGGGAACGAUUUCAAAGACUCACAAGAGUUGCAGCAUAUUGGUCGAGUUUUAAAUCACCUAAUAGGUAAAAAGGGCAGCUUGUCCUCUCUGAAGGAUUACUGGGAUGUGGCAACAUUCUUCGAGAUCUCUGUACUAGCUCAGGACUACGUGAAGGCUAUUCAGGCAGCUGAAUGCAUGUUUAAACUGAAACCACCGAAUUGGUACCUCAAAUCAACUAUAGGGAAUAUCGAAUUAAUUGAUAGGUUUAGAAAGAAAAGCGAAGAAACAUCACCGGAACAGCAAGUUUUUUCAUUUUGGAUGGAAUUCUUUGUAGAAGCAACUAAACCUACAUGUGAAAAUAUUAUUAGAUUUCCGGUAUUAAUUCUAGAGACGACAAAAAUCUACAUGCCGUCAUAUGUGAAUGUUAAUAUGGGGGCGGAACAAAAGUCUGUUGAAAUCUUCAAUUUGUGCCUGGACUCGAUGCGCGGAGACUGCAGACAGGUGCAUCGCUGGCUCUUCACCUCCGACAUGAUCCGCACUUACAGUUUAUACAAACGCGACGAGCGCUGUCUGUUUCUCUACGUGAGUGAGAAUUCGGACGAUUUCCAAAUAUUCCUGCCGUCGCAGGCGUUCCGGCAACACUUGUACGACCAGCUGGGGGAACUCACCGCAGACCAUGAGAAACUCACAGAUUUGGAUACCAGUGUUAUGCAGGACCAACUUAAGUUUGAGUACGAAUACGACGGCAACAAGCGCGUGGUGCUGGGCAAGGGGACGUACGGCGUGGUGUACGCGGCGCGCGACCUCAACACGCAGGUGCGCAUCGCAGUGAAGGAGAUCCCCGAGCGCAACCUCGGCGAUGUGCAGCCGCUGCACGAGGAGAUCCUGCUGCACUCGCAGCUGCGCCACAGGAACAUCGUGCAGUACUUGGGAUCCAUAUCAGAAGAUAAUUAUUUCAAGAUCUUUAUGGAGCAAGUCCCCGGAGGGUCGCUGUCCGCCCUCUUACGCUCCAAGUGGGGACCACUGAAAGAAAACGAAGCAACCAUUGCUUAUUAUACUAAACAAAUAUUGGAAGGUUUAAAAUAUCUACACGAUCAAAAAAUCGUCCACCGUGAUAUAAAAGGGGAUAAUGUGUUGGUAAACACUUAUAGUGGUGUGGUUAAAAUAUCUGACUUCGGUACAUCCAAACGAUUAGCAGGACUUUGCCCCUCCACUGAAACAUUUGCUGGAACACUGCAAUAUAUGGCACCAGAGGUCAUUGACAAAGGUCUCAGAGGUUAUGGAGCGCCCGCAGAUAUUUGGUCGCUGGGAUGUACGGUGGUUGAAAUGGCAACAGGAAAUCCACCAUUCAUGGAAUUAGGGUCACCACAAGCUGCAAUGUUUAAAGUGGGAUAUUACAAAAUGCAUCCAGAAAUCCCGAGCGAGUUGUCUCAGAAAGCUAAGAACUUCAUAUUGCGUUGCUUCAUACCGGAACCGGAAAAACGAGCCACGGCCGCUGAAUUACUUGAAGAUUCUUUCCUAUCUGAAAAGAAGAAAUCAUCAACUCGUUUGGGGAACAGCGUGGAUUACAGUCGCAGUAUCUCCGUGCCGGCGGACAAGGCGCGCCCCGUCGCCCACAAGAAGAUCUCCGAGCCCAGCAUACCCAACCUGCCCAGCUCGCCAGAGAUAGAGGUGAAAACGAUCCGGUCUAAUCCGACCAUCACUAGGACUGCCUCGUCGAUGCUCUCGCCGAUACUCAUCUACCCGCCGGACUUGACCACCAGCAGUACUAUGCCUAACACACCUUCUACAGAGGAGAUGGAUAACAGCGACACUCUUCUUAAUAGAAGAAGUUCUUCUGGUGGAUUGUUAUCACCUGAGGUUGAUAUGACAAACGUACCUCGGUCAUCCAUCGAUAUAGAACACGACGGGUUUUAUUUACUCAAGAAGGAUUCACAGCGCCGUCUCACUCUCUCCCGCGUGUUAGAGCAGGACAGCGAGAAGAUUUGCUCAAAAUGGAUGCUUAGCAUUCAACAGGACUUCGGGAAUACGGUUUUGACGCUGAACCAUCUAGAGACGCUGCGGUGUGCGCUCAAGGAGUACAUAAUGGACCAGAACAAGUCUGUGAUAGAACAAGCUAUCACCACGCUGAAGGAGGAGUUGGAUUUCGAUGCUAACGCCAUCAACGAGCUGCACUCCGCCAUCUACAUGUUCCAGGAGGCGGUGAAUGUGGUGCUGAGGAUGCACAGCAUCAAGCCGCACUGGAUGUUCGCGUUGGACAAUCUGGUGAGGAAUGCUGUGCAAGCCGCCAUCACUGUUUUGUCGCCAGAGCUGGGCGCCAACCUGGCGGGGCAGGAGGCGCGGCGCGGCGGCGCGCAGGAGGCGGGCACGCCCUCCGCGCUCUCCACCGCCACCUCCGCGCGCGACCAGCACCAGCUGCACCAGCUGCACCAGCUCAGACAGGAGAACAACAAAUUACAUCAAGAGCUAUUAGAAAGUUAUCAACAAAAUCAGGCGUUACUGCGAUUGAUGUUGGAAGAACAGAAAAUGCAGACACAAAUUUUCAAAGAAUUCAUCGAGAAGAAACCUAGCAACGAACCUGAAGAUAACUUAGAAUACGACAUCGCUGAGCUUGAAGUUAUCCGCGAGUGGGCGUCUAAUCGCAACGUACCAGUACAAGCUGUUAAAGCUCUCGCUGCACAAGGAUUCACACUAAACGAGCUGUUACAUCACGCUCAAAGAGAAGACUUAGCUAAACUUAACCUCAAAGGCGGUAUCGAACUUCGUCUCUGGCGAGCGAUAUUAGAACACCGUAAUCAAAACUCGAACCACCUUCGUCGUACGAGCAGCACCGAGACGGAUAUGGACACAAACUCUAUCGUAAUGGUCGACUGCCAGAGGUGCAAAACAUCGAGGACCAUAUCUAGUAUCUCUUCGUGCUCUAACAACCCUACUAUCGUGAUCAGAGAUCAAGUGAACGGAGACAAUACUGUUGCGGAAUACUACACGGAGAACGGAGUUGCGAACCUCUGACUAUUGCGCGGGUGGUGCUCUCUACAGUAAUCGGCCUUGGUAUUUAAUCGCGACUCUCCUUUAUCCUACAGCUUGGCAUUAUUUUGCCUUAAAAGCGCAUACUAUUGUCUAUACAAGAUACUUAUGUGUAUGGUUUUUUAUCCAAAAAUUUAAAAUUCUAGUAAGAAUUUACUAAAUUAUUAAGAGAAUAUUAUCUUGUUUUGUGAAAAUAAGAAGCAAUAAUUUAAAUAUACUUUAUGUUGGUUUUUGCGAAUUUUAAUAGUUUAUUUAUCCGACUCGAGGGACCAUACAGUCCUUCGAGUCGGAUAAACGAUCAAAGCCAUUUUAUGGGCUUAAUUAGCAGUUUUUUAACGUAACGAUUAUUCAAAAUAACUAUUUGCUUGCUAAAAAGUCGCAAUAAAUAACCGCUUAAGGCCUUGAGUGUAUCACCCAAUAAUGUUCAUAUGUAUAUAAUCAUUUUUACUAGUCUGUGUAUAAUUAAAAAAAACUGCAUAAUAUUAAGCUGUUAUUUUUAUAGUAAGCAAUUUAGAAUUUGCGAAUGUCAGAUGUCGCUUCAGAAUAUAACUAUUUCUUUGUUAUUAUUAAUUAUUCGAAUAGUUUUUACGUAAGUAUGAAAUAAUAUCUGAAAAGAAGUCUUUCAAAAUAAACAAAUUUGUGUUACCAGAAAAGAAGUGGAUGGAAUGAUUUACAUUAUUUUUAAAGUAAAGACCAUUUAAAAUUAUUGAUAUAUUUUCAAUUCGAUUUAAAAUGUAUUCACUUAUAUAAAAAUAGUUUGAAAUACAAAUAAUUAUACACAAUUACGAUUAUAAAAGGUUUCUUGUUAUACAUAAUGGUAUAAAAAUUUGGUAUCAUGUUUUCGUACACGCAUAGGAUAGCUUAGUUAAGAUUUAAUGUCUGCCUUCGCUAAUGUUUGGUGCUACCAAUUGUGAUGAAAGCUAAGCAAAGUGCCUUUAAUACGCUUCUUGCAUAGACUUACAAAUAAACUUAUAUAAAAAUACAAAAAUAUAAAACUGUUUUUAUAUCAAAUUUAAAAAA